AUGGAUGCCGAGCUGGAGUUUGCCAUCCAGUCCAGCACAACAGGAAAACAACUAUUCGACCAAGUAGUAAAAACCAUCGGCCUGAGAGAGAUCUGGUUCUUCGGCCUACAGUACGUCGACUCCAAGGGCUUUAUCACGUGGUUGAAGCUGAACAAAAAGGUGAACGCGCAAGAUGUGAAAAAGGAGACGGGGGACAAUGCCAUUUACAAGUUCAAGUUCAAGGCCAAGUUCUAUCCGGAAGAUGUCUCCACGGAGCUCAUUGAAGAGAUCACUCAGAAAUUGUUCUUCCUUCAAGUCAAAGAAGCGAUUCUUACAGACGAUGUGUACUGUCCUCCCGAAACUUCAGUCCUACUUGCUAGUUAUCAAGUCCAGGCCAAGUUCGGUCCCUUCAUCAAAGAUGUCCAUAACGCUGAUUACCUCGACAACGAAAGAUUACUUCCCGAACGUGUUAUCAAACAACAUCGAAUGAGCAAAGAAGACUGGCAGGAGCGCAUUUCCCAGUGGCACCAAGAACACGGCUCGAUGCCGCGGGAAGAGGCAAUCAUGGAGUACCUCAAAAUCGCUCAGGACUUGGAAAUGUACGGCGUCUCGUACUUUGAAAUCACGAACAAGAAGAAGACCUCGUUAUACCUCGGCGUCGAUGCUCUAGGGCUGAACAUUUACGAAAAGAAGGAUCAACUCACGCCCAAAAUCGGCUUCCCAUGGAGCGAGAUUAGGAACAUCUCCUUUUCGGACAGAAAGUUUGUGAUCAAGCCAAUCGACAAGAAAGCGCCCGACUUUACUUUCUGGGUUGAGAGGCUGAGGAUAAACAAGAGAAUUCUAGCUCUCUGUAUGGGCAACCACGAGUUGUACAUGAGAAGACGCCAGCCCGACCCAAUCGAGGUCCAGCAAAUGCGAGCUAAAGCAGAGGAAGACCGACAAAAACGAGAGCUCGAGAGACAGCGAUUUGAGAGCGAGAGAAACCGAGCUCGAGAAGAAGAAGCUGCCAGACUCCAACUCGAGAAAGAAAAAGAGGCCCUGAAAGCCCAGCUUCUUGCGACAGAAGAAGAGCGAAACCGAUUCCGAGAGGAAACUCAAGCUUACCAGUCUCAGUUGGAUCAGAAAAUGAACCAGCUUGCGCAGAUGCAGGAGGAGAUUUCACGAAUCGAACGCGAACGAUUAGAAAUGGAGGAACUUCGACGAUCUGCAGAUGAGCAGCUUGAGGAACUUAGGAAAAACCAGGAUAUGGACGCGGAAGAAAAGGCCCGAAUCGAAGCUGAAAUGGCCGAAAAACUCGAAGCACUUUCUCUGAUGGAAAAGGAGAAGCGCGAAAAAGAUGAGGAGCUGGAACAAAUUCGCCUUCAGGGAGGCGGCACGCAUUAUGUCACUGCUCACCACCUUCACGGUGGCGGUGGCGGCUCCACCGGCUCAGUUCAGACAACUGGCUCAGAGUCGGGCCAUUCUGCCCAUGCUCAUUUCUUGCCACGAGAGCAAAAUAGCGUGCUCUAUGAAUCACAAAUGGAACUCGAUGUUGAAGACGUUCGUGAUCUUCCUAGCUACUCGUUUCAAUUUGGCCUCCAAGAGCCUUCCCGAAGACCAUUCCCACUGCCUAUUUACCCUGCACAUUCUAGCACAGCUCCUACAAGCACACAAUCAACAAUGGAUCGAAGUCAAUGGACCGACGCUACUGGCUCGCUUUAUCCAACUUCUGCCAGAAGAGGUAGCUUUGACUCGAGCAUAGCACCUGCCACUCCCAAUCCAAAUGUCAAAUAUCAGCGGCAUUAUAAGUCGAUAAACGUGAGACCGGAUAAACGAAACUUACUCGCAUAUCAGCAAAGAAGAGCCGAGUUAAAUAACCCUUAUCAUUCGAGUACGAGCCUGAGCAGUCGGCCGAACAUCGAUCAACACUAUUUAUCAGCAAGUGAUCUUACGGGCCCAAUAGCGCCCAUAGCUGAUCUCAAAAAACGACGACUUAUGCUUCACGAACUCAAAAACCAGCUUGGUGAUCUGAAGGACACUAACGCCACGACGGUGAUGGAUCAAAUCCACGCAGAGAAUGUCAAACAAGGACGAGAUAAAUACAAGACUCUCAAGGUUCGACGAUUGUACGAGUGGACUGAGUGGGAAAACUGGUCCCAGUGUACUGGAAAAUGUGGUCAAGAAGGGUAUCACAAUAGAAAAAGGUCUUGUCGGUCGAAGGAAACAAAUGAAGUCGCAGCUCUAGUCAGCGCUUGUCCCGGAGAAGCUAGAGAACUUGGCACUUGCGUCAGAACCGAAUGCCCUGAAUGGAACAAAUGGGGAGAAUGGUCUGGUUGUUCACAAACUUGCGGCUCUGGCGUCAUGUCUCGCAGACGAUACUGUCUCAACGGUUCCGGCUGUCCAGGAGAGCCACAAGAAAAGAAGACUUGCAAUACUUCUGAGUGUCCAAGACAAGGAAAGCAAGAACAAGGAGAUACUGCCAAUCUCUGCAAGGACAAUUAUCCCUACUGCGCAAAGUGGAUGAACUCUGGUUAUUGCGAGGGGAACUUUGCUUCUUGGAUGGAACAGGAGUGCAAGGAGAGUUGCGGUUUAUGUAAGAAGACACUAAGUGCUACAGCAGAGGAUUGCGUCGAUCACUACCAAAACAGCUGCUGGAGGUGGGAACAGGAAGGAAAAUGUGAUCACCCACAGAAACAGUUGAAAGCCUUUGUCCGCACCAAGUGCAAAAAGAGCUGCGGAUUCUGCGAUCCGGAUGUGGACCACUAA